GAACUGACCCCCGCCUGGUCUGCACCGGACUAAAUAGUAAAGAAAAGGUUGGCGCUCAACAUUUCCAGAAACAGACGAUUUGACGGAGGAAAAGACACUUUCUGCUUGAGUAUUUGGACUAUCAGAAUUUCACCGUUCCUCAUAGGAACAGUUUUUUGUAAAGAAGACAUGAAGGAUCUUUCUAACUGACUCAUCCAUGUCAAGUAUAUAGGAUAUAUCUCUCUGUGAACUGCGAACUCCACCAUGGAAGAAACAUUUGGUGGUGUCUCCUCAAUUGUGGAGUCUAGUCUCUACCACAAUGUCCACACCAUCCUCAGAGAACUGGACUGUGAACCUCAGGCUGGAUCAGCCUGCAAUAAAGGAAUGUUGAGAUGGACACUUCAUAACAAGGUGGAGAGAAAUCCAUCUAUCUGUGGCCCUCUGCUGAACGUCCUGAUAAAAGAGCUUGAGAAGGCAGAGAGAAUUGAUUCCAAGAUCCGCAUUAUUCCUUUGCUUCACACACUUGCCUACACAGUCUUACAGUCUGUUUUUAUUCCAGACAACCUCUAUCACAGGAUAUAUGUGUGCCUAAAAAGUUUAGUUAUUUUGCCUAUGCCCUACUGUGCAAUAGCCCUCAACUAUGCAAGACAGAUGAAAAUGGAGCAAACCACACCAGGAAUGCUGUAUCAAAGGAGGGUCAUUGCUGAACACAAUCUCCGUAAAGAACUUUAUCCACUCUAUGAGAAGGUGUUUGUGUUUAUGGAUCCUGCUGUCUUCCCUCUGUCUCUGCUGAGCACACUCAAAGCUGACGUGGAGAGUACAGACCAACGUGGAGACACAUUGAUCUACAAGCGCAGGGUUAUACUACACACAAUGCUUGCUGGACUAGGAAAGCAGUGUCACAUUGGCCAGCUCACACAGGCUCUAGAGCAUUUAGGUGAAGACCUGGAGCAGCACUUCCAGGAUAUAGUCACAAUCACAGAGCAAAUAAUAGAAGAGGGAGCUUCUGAUUCUAAUCAGUACAAAAGAAGACUAGAAGAGAUUUGCCAAAACAUCCUGCCUGAUGUUAGUAAAGAUCUGUCGUGUCCAUCCUCACAUGCAGAAGCUCAGCUGCCUAAUCCUGAGGUUAGCUUCAAUAUCUGGACCAAAGAGGAUGACAUAUGGAAUGAGCUGGUUAACUUUGCACUUAUGGUUCCUUCGGACCGGAACUCUACGUAUCUAGAUGAAGAUGACUUGAAACGAAACUCUGUCUUGUCAACCGUAUCCACGGACAGUGGCAUAGAAGGAGACAUGCCCAUCUCUGAGUUCUCUUCUUUAAUGAUGGAAGCUCAGGGUGGACCAGAGGAACAGAGCUGCUCUCAGUCCUUCUACAGGAGGCCAUGUGUGAGAUGGCCCAAAAGUAGCAACAGAAUGACGCUCAUGAUGGAGGCAAUUAAAGGAAGUGGAGGAUACAACAUCCCUAAAGAGGAAAGGAACCUCACCGCUCGUGUCGUUGUAAUGGGUGACGAUAGAACGCUAGGGCGGCUAGCCAAGACUUUUCAUACUAUACGAAAAAGAGAAGUACGACAUCUUCUACUGACAAAGAGAGUGAACAUGGAGUUGUAUUACAUACCAGUCACUGACCAGCCUUCUUCAGCUGUUCAGGAGGGUCUUCCGGUGACUGAGGAUAUGCUAACACUGGCUAGGUACUUGGGAAGCGUGGAUCCGUGGUAUGACUGUAACAUCAACGGUUUAGGGGCCAUGAUUCUCAAACUGGCCCAAAUGCAAUCUAGUCAGAGUGAAUCAUCAGACCCCAACUCCUUCCUGCUAGAUAUCAUCUCUUACUACACACGUGUCAGCCAACAUCCUGUGCAUCUCCCCGUCUACUCUGUCAAGAUCUGUUUCUCUGGCCCCAGCACUUACACAGUGGAGGAAGUGUUUGUGUCUCAGCUCGCAAUGGACUUCCCCGAUGUCAGAAGUUUCAGAUCCACAUUUAAAGACACAAUUAAAGGUUCAGUGCGGUACAAUAGGAACAACCCACAAGAAUUGUAUGGUCCAACUGUGUCGGUUAAUUAUAGAAAGGCCUCAAUAAGUGACAGAGAAAAGGAAAGGGGAAUGACUUUGAUGACAUGUGGCAUGUUAAUCAGUGUCAUGCCGUCCUGCACAGCCAAAAGUCUGCAUAGUGUCAACAUAAGUUUACAAGAUAUAAAUCCCACAAGGCCCAGCACACAUUCAUUCAGAGCAGUUAGUGUCAAUAUCAGAGUUCUGGAAAAAAGGUCAUUCUCUGUGUGUUUGGAUAAAGACCCACGUAGAACCUUCAAAAAUGUCCAGAGUAUUGAGGUUUCUCCAUGCUUGGAUCCAGGAUAUUGCCAUCAAGAGACUACCAAAUCCAAGUACAGUUUAGGAGAGGGAGAUGAACCGUUGAGCAAAUAUCUGAAUAAGACCCUCACUCUGCCAAUCAACACCUUCUGUGGCAUUGAGCAAUGACAAUACGGCACAGAUUCAUGACUUUAUGACAAUUUGUUUACCUCUCAGAGGCCUUUUAGUGUUUGCAUGUAUAGCUAUUCAUUUAAUGUGUAGUCUAAAAUACAUUCAGCCACACGAGGCCAUGGUUUCCUGCUAACCUAUGAACACAAAUGUACUGUUCAAAGUCUGUUGAAUGUGUAUGGGUUUAUGUUGUUAUAGGAUUAAUCUGUAAAAUGUACGAUUUUUGAGAAACAUUCUGCAGUCAUGCACAUUUUAAAAUAUCAUAUUUACACUACUUUUAUACAUUUAUGACAUAAUUCUGUUUGUAUGAAACUUUGAAAUUUAAAAUAACACUUUGGAUGCACAUCGGUUUGUAUGUGUCAUCUGAAAUGAAUUAAAGUCAAAGAAAUACAUACAAUACAAAUAUUUUUAUUUGCAAAUAGGAAAUACAGUGCAAGUAAUUUAAGUAACACUUUACAAUGCAACAGUAAAAACAAUGCAAUACACUUUGCGAUUACAAUAGUUAACCUGAAUUAGCAAAGAUCAAUGCUUUUACAGCUUUUAUUAAGCUUGGUUAAUGUUAUUUUCUACAUAUAUACUAAUACAUUUUUAAAGCUGUAAAUGUUAACAUUAUUUUAUGCAUUAUGAAUUAAUAUGACCUAAUAAUGAACAAUAGCUAAUGUAGAAAUUAACAUUAACUAAGAUGAAUAAAUGCUAUAAAAAUAGGUUAUGUUUAGUUCAUACAGUACUUAAACGGAUAGUUCACCCCAAAAUGAAAAUUCAACACAUCAUUUACUCACCCUUAUGCCAUCCCAGAUGUGUAUGACUUUCUUUCUUUUGCAGAACACAAAUGAAGAUUUUUAGAAGAAUAUCAUCCGAUCUGUAGGUCCGUACAAUGAAAGUGAAUGGUGACCAAAAUGUUGAAGCUCCAAAAAGCACAUAAAGUCAGCAUAAAUGUAAUACAUAAGGCUCCAGUGGUUUAAUCCAUGUCAUCAGAAGUGCUAUGAUAGGUGUGGGUGAGAAACAGAUCAAUAUUUAAGUCCUUUUUUUUUUAUUUAUUUUUUUUACCAUAAAUAUUCACUUUCACAUUCUCCUUUUGUUUUUGGAAACUCAAAUUAAUCGUGCAUUUCCCCAACUACUGGGCAGGUAGGAGAAUUAUAUUAAAAAAGGACUAAAAUAUUUAUAUGUUUCAAUCCCACACCUAUCAUAUUGCUUCUGAAUAUAUAGAUUUAACCACUGGAGUCAUAUGUAUUACUUUUAUGCUGUAUGUUAUGCUUUUUGGAGCUUCAAAGUUUUGGUAUCCAUUCAUUUGCAUUGUAUGGACCUAACACUUUCAAGAUUCUUGUUGCAGCUAAUGUCAGUGAUUUUAAACUGUUACUUCAGUCUCUCACCGACAGGUGGCGCUGCUCACUCGAAAAGUAGCCAGACUUGAUACACUGCUGCUCAAAGAUCUCAGUCGUCCGUCUUUCGCUGUUUGGUAAAAAGGAAGAAAAGUUUAGACACUACACCUGCAUGCAUGGUAUGGACAUGGAAAGUCAAGGAAAAUCUUAAUCAGCAACAACUUGUCAAGCAGACCAUGAUGUGUUUCUGAAUGCAAGAUAUUGCAGGUAAAUAGGGAAGGGACGCGACAUCGUAUGGUAUUGUGACGUGUUAGAACAGGUACAAGAUUCCGGUUUACCUGUUACUAAGAGUGCGUCGUGUACAUUCAGAUCUCCUAAAGUUUGUAUUUGUGUUUUCUUUAAGUCAAUUUAAGUGCUUGAGAGCGACGUUUGAGAUACUUUUAAUGAACAUAUCAUCUAAAACUGUUAUAAAUCUAAACAUACAGUUGGCAUUUUAUUAUGAAAUUACGAUUCACUGCACGCGCGUUGUCUCUUUUUCUCCCUGUAGCUUUUAAAUAUUGUUUCAUGUUCGAAUUCCUUAUUAUUUUCUGACAUGAUGUGCAAAUAUGACUCUUAAAUGCAGUUUAUGGACAACAGGAAACAGUAUUGUUCCAUAUGGUGUUUAAAAUUUCAUGAAGUUGUUUAAAUAUAUAUGGUCACACUAUGUAGAAAGCAGCCAAAAUGUAAAUGUUAAAUAAUAUUACACAUAAAUGAAAAAUCUAAAAUAA